ACCUUAGGCCAUAAUAAAGAACAACACAGUUACUUAAUCUGAUCGAUUUUCACAAUCGUUUCUCUCUCGUUCUGUUUCGAUUUUCUUGUAACCAAAAUCAGUGAGUCUCUUCUCAAAAUCAUCAAGAAUGAAAAUUUACCGGGUCGCGAAAGCAUCAGAAUACCUUGUGAUAACAGGUAUUUUCAUCAAAGACAUCAAACUCAAAAAGAAAGCAUGGAUUUUUCCCGGUCAAUCCUGCACUGUCUUGGACCUCUCACCGGUAAACUACACCUUUGAAGUUCAAGCUAUGAGUGCCGAGAAACUUCCUUUUGUUCUCCCCGCCGUCUUCACAAUUGGUCCUCGUGUUGACGAUCAGGAAAGCCUUCUCAAAUACGCCAAACUUAUUUCACCUCAUGAUCGACACUCCAAUCACGUUAAUGAACUCGUUCAAGGAAUCAUCGAAGGGGAGACACGUGUCCUCGCUGCUUCCAUGACCAUGGAGGAGGUUUUCAGAGGAACGAAACAGUUUAAACAAGAAGUAUUUGACAAAGUUCAACUUGAGUUGAAUCAAUUCGGAUUAUUGAUUUACAAUGCGAAUGUUAAGCAAUUGGUGGAUGUGCCCGGUCAUGAGUAUUUCUCAUAUUUGGGUCAAAAGACGCAGAUGGAAGCCAAGAAUCAAGCUAGGGUUGACGUGUCAGAAGCUAAGAUGAAAGGUGAAAUUGGUUCAAAAUUGAGGGAAGGACAAACGCUGCAGAAUGCAGCAAAAAUUGAUGCAGAGACGAAGGUUAUUGCGAUGCAGAGAGCUGGAGAGGGUGAGAAGGAGGGAAUUAAAGUGAGGACUGAAGUGAAGGUUUUUGAGAAUCAAAGAGAGGCUGAAGUGGCUCAAGCUAAUUCUGAGUUGGCUAAGAAGAAAGCGGCUUGGACCAAGGCGGCUCAGGUGGCUGAAGUCGAGGCGAAGAAGGCUGUUGCUCUAAGGGAAGCUGAGUUGCAAGGUGAAGUCGAGAGGAUGAAUGCAUUGACUACAACUGAGAAGCUUAAAGCUGAUUUACUUAGCAAAGCUAGUGUUCAAUAUGAAACCAAGGUACAAGAAGCAAACUGGGAGCUGUACAAGAAACAGAAAGAGACUGAAGCAAUUCUGUAUGAGAAGAAGGCAGAGGCAGAAGCACAGAAAGCGUCGGCAGAUGCAACAUUUUAUGCUAGCAAACAAGCAGCUGAAGCAGAGCUUUAUGCAAAGAAAAAGGAGGCAGAGGGAAUUGUGACACUUGGACAAGCUCAAGGAGCGUAUGUAAGUACACUUCUCAAUGCACUUGGAAACGACUACACAGCUGUAAGGGAUUACUUGAUGAUAAAUGGUGACAUGUUUCAAGAGAUUGCUAAGAUUAAUGCCGAGGCAAUACGCGGACUUGAGCCUAAGAUUAGUAUUUGGACUAAUGGUGGUGAUAAUAGUGGGGGAAUAACUGAUGGUGCCAUGGGUAUGAAAGAAGUUGCUGGUGUCUACAAGAUGUUGCCACCUCUGUUUAAGACUGUCCAUGAGCAAACGGGCAUGUUGCCUCCUGCUUGGAUGGGAGCCUUAUCUGAGAAAAGCUCUUGAUUAGGAUGAUGCAAGUAUUUGGUUUAUAGUAGUAGUACUUGGUUUUGGUAAUUUAGUAGCAGUACUUUUUAUUACGUGAUCAUACAUGCCUGAUACACUACUCUUUUAAUUGUUUUGGGUUUAAACUCUUAUAUUAAAUGCCAAUUUAAUUAUGUCUUUA